UUGACACCAUCAUACCUAGGUAGGUAUUCUUAUUGUUGUUAGCCGACUUCACGGGCAAGUCGUCAUGUCGAAUGGUGCCUGUCCCCACAAUUCAGCAUUGAGAGCAAGCCACGUCUCCAGACUUCAGUCCUUUUCUUUUUGAGUAGAUGAUCGCGAUCAGGUUGCAUCGCUGCACCAAAUACAACUCUGCACAAUGUCGGCUCAACAACCAGAUGUGAGCUCGUUAACGACCUGGGAGGAUGCCUUCCAAUACCCAUUGCCAGUUGUGCGCAAGCUGGAGCAGCAGCUCCGGCGCAACAUGGAAGAUAAUCGGCAGAAACUACGCACCCUGGUCGGCGCCAGCUACCGAGACCUCCUAGGUACUGCCGAGCGCAUCAUUGAUAUGGAUGAGCAGAUCCAAGGCGUUGAAUCACAUCUCGGUGACAUCGGGCGGAAAUGCAACGCACGCAUGCUCGAACGCAUUGAGAGCAACCAUGUUCAGAUGAAGAAAGAGCGUGCGACCUCAGAGCAGGCCCGAUAUGGGGCGCUUGCGCAGACGAAAGUCCUCCAAAACGCGCUGGUGGUAACAGUACGGAUAAUCAAGGCGAAUGAAGAUGCACUGCUUGCAUCAAAGUUGUUGGUUCUAGCGCGAUUGCUGCACAAGAGCGUCGCCGAGAGCGAGCAGGCGCCUGCAGUGUUGGAGGAUCUGGCGAAGAGAAUGAGACGGACGAGGAAGAGACUGCUAUCAUACAUCGAACGCUCGCUGGUUCGUGCGGAUGUGGACAAGAAAUUCACUUUGCAGACACUUUGUGCGUAUGCUUUAAUCUCAAAUUCCUCUCCGAAGGAUGUGCUACGGCAUUUUCUCCAGGUCCGAUUUACACAGCUCGAGAGUCGGGCUGAGAGUGCUUCGGAGGCGGACCUCAUGGAUGCUCUCGAUUUAUUUCAACGCACAUUGGCAGAUACGCGAGAGCUGUUUCCCAAAAGGUUCCUCGAAUCGCUUUCGCAAAUCUCCAAGGUCGCUUUGACGCGAGACGUGGGUGUUCGUGCAGUCGUCGAACUCAAUUUGGACGUCUACGAGCAAUGGAUCGCGCCAGACGUGCGCAACUUUAUACCUUGGAUUAGCCAUGAAUCGAUCGUCAUUUCGGAAGUCAAGAAUGCGCUCUCGUCGUGGGCGCGACAUGCUCAGAAGUACCUGCUGCAAGGCCUCACAGACUGUUUGGCGCAGCAGACUGAAGCAAAGCAGGUGUUGGAAAUGCGGCACAAAGUGCUCUCGAAAUAUCUGUCGCUUGGCGCACGUUUCCGCGACGAGAGCCAGCUCCGUGCAAUUAACGACAUGCGGGGAGCAUUCCUUGCGAAGCUUGAGACUCUCACCAAAGAGGCAGCGGAGUUAGCAUUGUCAGAUAUGUUCCCAGAUGCGCAUGAUCAGUCUGCUGGCCAGGGACGUGAUCUCGAUCUUUGGAACCUGGCGGGCGAGAAUCUGGAUCUUGGCCGAGGUGCGACAGCUUUUCGACAGGCGGUCCUCAGACGACAGCAUGGGCGUUCGGAUGGUAUCCGACGGCAUACACAAUUGUUUGAUGAAUGGAUCGAGCGGCUAGAACGCACCAAAAGCAUUGCCGUUGCCUUACGUGCAACCAAAUGGGAUGAUGAUGUUGAACUCGAUUUGGAUGAUUUGGAUGACGGAGAGACCAUGCUCACUGCUCUCAGCAAACAAGAUCCCCAGCGGUUGGAGGAGGCGCUGCUCGAGGCGGCGACCGCAACACUUCGCAAAACAUAUACUGUCAUCGAAGAGCAUGCAAAAGGCGAAAAUGUAGACGUGGCCCUGCAUGUUCGAAUGCUGCGGGAAUUGGACCUUCGGAAGCGUGGCCUCGUUGCAACCUUCGCAUCCUUCGACACGGUGUCCUGUGACCACGCGGUUGUUCGGUCGUUACAUCUGCGUAUCGCGACAUCAGUCGCAGACCCUCCGUUAGCAGCGUACAGCCGGUGGAUGCGCGUCCUUCGCUACAUACCAACAAGCCUUUGGGACGGUACGCCAAAUUUGCCCGUGCAGCCGUCGACCGGGACGUUCCGAUUUUUGACCGACUUACAUCGUCAAAUGUCCGCUUCUGGGACAGAUCUCUGGGCCCCUGAUGCCGUGCAGACAUUGAAGGCCUCUAUCAUUGAGCAAUUGGCGGAGCGCGAUGUAUUCGAUGUGAUUACAGCCAGAGAAGUAGAGGUGCUCGAGGACGACGACCACGAAGAAGAAGACAAAGUUGCCGAUGAGGCCGAGACAGAAUCCACAGCUAAAGAAUCCAAAAUUGACGCACAACUCCGGGAACAACAUCUCCAGAUGGCACUUGAUGGAUUCUAUCUACAACGAGCAUUACAAGUAUCUUCCAUCGUCGGCAGCAGCAACGACAACGUCAAGGCCAGUGGCGAGGGCAGAUUCUCGACUACGGUCGAUCAGCUCAUGCAGCAUGUCGGGCUGGAGCCGGCGGCGCAGGAACGGCUUAGGAAGAACGCGCAUGAAUACUGGCGUCGGACCUUUCUCCUCUUCGGACUUUUAUCAGGUUGAAGCUAUGGGGCUCAGCGAUUGUAGAUUAGAAUUUUACAAACAUGAUGCUGCGACGAUGACAAAUACUAAAUGCCACUGUUCGUGCGCUAUCGAAAACAAACAAUUGCGAGCAUGCUUUUCUUUGCCAUACGAGGUAGAAACAUGUGGAGUGGAUGCGUGGCAGGUUGAUCGACCAGGCUAGCGGAACAUUUUAUUUGGUCAUUAAAAGUGGUGGGGAAAGGGCCAGGGUAUGUUGAGUGAGAAGAUCGAUAGCCCAGGACUGGAGGCAUGCAGGUGAUGGGUGGUAGGGCGCGGGGGUUAGUGGUGGAGGAAAAAGACGC